AUGGCAACCAACACUUGUACCCUUCAGAUUUUUUCCCUCAUUGCCAUCUGCAUACCUUGUGCCAUAUCCUUCCAGUUGGACUUUCCAGCAGUUUUCAACUUUGGUGAUUCAAAUUCUGAUACUGGUGCUCUUAUUGCCAUUGGUUUUGAGAGCCUUUACCCUCCAAAUGGACAAACUUACUUCCAAAUACCAUCGGGAAGAUACUUUGAUGGUCGUCUCAUCAUCGAUUUCCUUAUGGAUGCUAUGGACUUGCCAUUCCUAAAUGCCUACCUGGAUUCUUUGGGUUUUCCAAAUUUUAGGAAAGGAUGCAACUUUGCUGCAGCAGCUGCAACUAUCCUCCCAGCCACUUCAUCUUCCCUCUGCCCCUUUUCCUUUGGGGUUCAGGUGUCUCAGUUCCUCCGAUUCAAAGCUAGGGCCCUUGAAUUGAUUGCCAAAGGUAUCUGCCAAAGCACAAGAUUAGCAUACUCCAACCUCCUCAGUAACCAAUUCAACCCUCGACAAAUGAAAUCCCCAAUUCGAAGAUGACCUAACUUUUCCCCAAUUUUAUUUCUCCAAUUUAAAAUCUCUAGCCUAUUUUAUUUUUCCAAACCUC